GAGGAUGCGCUCGGUUCCGUCGCAUGUUACAGACACUCUACGAUCGUAUCAUGAACAUUAAAAAAUGCCAAAGCGUAGUAAACGUCCUCCAUAAUCUCGCCAAAAAAUUCCAAAUUCCACGCACCCACAGUUCCCCCGCGAAAAAUUCCACAAAAGCGCCACCGUGUUUUCGCUCGCGAAUAUUAACGCCCGGUUAAUUGUAAUCGAAGCAGUCGAUUCGUAGGGCGACAGGGAGGAACAAUGGGUUAGGUCCGAGGAAGAGAUCGGUUUGUAGGGCCAGGAGCUCCUCGACGGCAAGCAGCGUCGAGCGUAGUCGAGUCGUGCCGGCACGGUUGGCUAUAAAAGCCCUCUCGCACCGACCCGUCGACGUCACACGUCGUUAGUACUCUGCACGGUGAGGAACUCCGGCGUGCCACCUGUUAUCACCAGGACGAGAAGCUGGGUUUUAUCUGCGCCCGACGAGAAGACAUCAUCGACGAAUCGUUCCAACGGACGUACAGGCGGCUUGCUCCAAAGAAACCGGAAGUUGAUCGAUCAGGGAUCGCGGCUCGACAAAGCUGAAAGGCUCGUUCGAGGACUCCUUCGCGGCCGUCGAGGAACUCUCUGCGUUUUAUUCCGUUAUCUCGCGCGGAUCGAGAAGAUUUUUUUUCUUUUUAUUCGUGAAGAAGACCACGGAGCGCGACGAUCCGACGUCUACUCGUGAUUAUUUAAAGUAAAUUCGACACUCGUGAUUGUCACAACAAUGACAAUUAUCAAUAUCUUGGUAUCUCUUUUGUUAAUCACCGUCACGUGCGGACUACCUGUAACGUACACUAGAUACGAUGAAAGGGAUGUGUCCCGCGAACGGCCGCCAUUUUUAUUACUGGUCAACCAUGAAGUACCAGAACUAGAGAAUGAAAUGUUCGACUCGGGUAACGAUCCUGGAUCGACGGUGGUUCGAACGAAGCGCAUCGGAUCCUUGUCGAUCGUCAACUCUUUGGACGUGUUACGACAACGAGUGCUCCUUGAGCUAGCUCGACGCAAAGCGAUGCAGGCUCAGCGGCAGGUCGACGCAAAUCGGCGCUACUUGGAGACCAUCGGGAAGAGAUCGUUGCCGCUGUACGCAGCCGGCUUGUCGAAACCGAUCGACUCCAGAUCGAGAAAUGGUAUCGAAUACGCGAUCGAACAGGAUGGAAAGAAUCACGACGCAAGUUUAUCGCCGGACAGGAUGCCCGAAAAGGUCGAAGAUUGGUUGCAAACGAACGACGCUGCAAGGCAAGACGAUCAACCGCGAAGGGUGGAGGCGAACGAACUGCGUCUACUCUAAUCUACUCAGAAAAUUAAAUCACCGCUGUCGCUAUUACGGUUUUUUAUCUAACGAGCCAAUUACGAUAUAGUUUAUCUAUUAUUCGUCAUAUUCCUCAGGUUUUACCAUAUACCCCAUGUAUACAUUUUGUGUCGUGCAGAGUCAACAGUUUAAUAUCGUUUUCACCCGUCAACCCUGCAAAUUACUCACGUGUCGAGUAAAAAUCAAAUAUAGCGCGCAUCAAAUUCCCUCCCGCGUAGAUCAAGAAAUUUAAUAAACAGAAUGUUUCAGUAUUUUUUUUUUUUUUUAAGUUUGAAUCGUUUUAACUAGUUUAAUUAAACGAUAUCCAGAAAAGGAAAGAAAUAGAAAUACAUAAAUUGAUGAAAAAUAAAUUUCGUUGUUCAGAAUUUAGCGAGCAAAGAGACACGGUAAUUAGUCCAGGCUGUUCGUCCUCUACUCAUUUUCUAUUUUUUCCUUUUUCGAUAACGCAAACUCACGAAACAGAACAGUAUUAUAUGUUGUGAUUUAUUUCUGUCUAAUCGAUAACCAUCAUGCAAAGCGUUUAGCAUUCAACUAUGGAUGCGUGUAAUUUAACAUAAAUGUUUUUUCGUAUUGAUGUUAAGUUUUAAGAAUAUAAUAACGAAGACAUUGUAAGGCAUGCCAUUGUAAUUAUUUAAAGGUGAAAAUAUUCCAACUUCGAGAUCAAGCAGAAAAACAUAAAAAAUAAUGAUAUGGAAUUUUAGCUACCGACUGUACAGUAACAUUUCUGAAACAACUACGUUCGCGUAUAAUAUUUUAUCGAUCGUUUUUAGCAGAAAUUAAGUGUUAUUUGCAGAAUAUCGGUUUGAAGAAUUACAAAUUUUAUGUAAUGUAACUACUUCGGUAUAUAGUUUUCGUUUAAUCAAAUUAAACUUUACUUGUGAAAACAAUAAAUGUUUCAAAUAUAUGUCUAUACCCGAGCUUCUUUUAAAUCAAUUGUUUUUUCUUCUGUUGGAUAUUGUUUUCAUUUAUGUUAAUACUAUUACGAAUGCAUUCCUUGAUUUCUAUAAUAAUCUUAAAAGACACGUGAUAAUGGAAUUGACUGUAUCUUAGUCGGUAUACCAAAGAAAUAUUGUAUUAUGAGCAAGUACUCAAAAUAGUCAGUCAAAGGUUCCUUUUGUAUGUGUAUAAAUUAAUAUAUACAUGCUGUGUUUAAAACGCUGUUCUCUAAGAAUUAGGUAUAUAGCUGCGUAAUACAUAUAGAAGCGUAACUAGUUUUAUGAUUAUUUCAAUUUUGGUCUUAAGUAAGCGUUUUUGUCAUGUUCAACGUGUAAGACAAAUAAAUACCUUCGGACCGUAAUAUACUACAAUGAAAAUUUAAUCAAAACAGAACUUUUUUUUUAUUUUACUUCAAAAACUAAUUAUAUUUAAGUUUAUAUUUACCCGUUUCGUUUAGUUUUUCCAAUUAUUUGUCCACUUAUACACUGGACAUUCAUUUACAAAUGAUUUCUAAAACUAUUCUAGGAACGCGUCAGAAACAUAACGAUGUAUGUAGUAAUGAAACACAUGUUAACGCUUCUGAUGUUUACGUUACUAUUAGAACAUAGGUAUAACUAUACAUACUAUUACUAUUAUUAUUAUUUACACAAUAUAUUUACUUGUAUUAUACAACUUGUGACUAGAAGAAAAAUGUAUAUGAAUCCUAAAAAUACUGUGCAUAAUGUAGAUGUAAGUUAUUUAUUUAAAGAAAUAGAACAACAUUGUUAUUUAUGUACUUUAAUUAAAAAAUUUUUUUUUUAUUUCGAUGACUUGAAUUGCACAAUAUGUAGUUGAAAUGAAAUAAAUUUCAUUUAAGAUAGA